AUGAUUCACUACGACUUUCGACGUGGAUUAUCGCAACAACGGUGCAUCGAUCAACUCACUUCGACUUUUGGCGAUGAAGUACCAUUUAAAAGCACUGUAGUUCACUGGUUUAGCGAAUUCAAUCGUGGUCAUCGUUCGCUCACGGAUGAAUUUAAAGAAGGUCGUCCAAAAUCGGCUGCUGUGCCAGAGAACAUCGAUGCUGUGUUCGGACUGAUAAUGCAAGAUCGUCGUGUGACAUACCAUGAGAUUGAGGCAUCCCUAGCCAUUAGUAUGACAAGCAUACGUAAGAUAUUACAUGAACAUUUAACCGAGAAAUAA